AUGUCUGACUUUGGCGACGAUGUCGAUGGGGGAAUGGACGAGCCUAUGUACGAGGAGGAGGAGGGCGGCGAGUACUGGGAGGAAGAGGUAGCAGACGAGGGCGAGGCCGACAAGACCAACAAUAUCGAUGAACAAGAUAAUGUCGUCGUCACGGGCGAUGUGGCGGCGGCGGCUCAAGGCAAGAAUGGACCCAAGUCCAUGAAGGAGCGAAGGAUUCCCAAUGAGGAACGUACUACAACACCAUACAUGACCAAGUAUGAGAGGGCUAGGAUUCUAGGCACAAGGGCGCUUCAGAUUAGCAUGAAUGCGCCCGUGCUAGUUGAUCUCGAAGGCGAGACCGACCCGCUGCAAAUUGCCAUCAAGGAACUCAAGGAGAAGAAGAUUCCGCUCAUCGUGAGGAGGUACCUUCCCGAUGGAUACUACGAAGAUUGGACCUGCGAGGAACUUCUCCAGUAG